GCAUCAACUUUUGGAUUGUCUGUCAGAAUGGAAAAACUCACGCCAGAACAAUGGCGCGAGAUAAUGAACAAGAAGAUGCGCUUCCCUCCGGAGCUCCUCAACGCCAUCCAGGAAGGGAGGAUCGAGCUACUGAGUGGGCUGCUGAAGACGGGAGACGGCAUCAUCCGCCAGCUGGAUGAAUCUGAGGAUCGCCAGUGGAGGGAGGCUCUCAAUCUCUCCAUCCGCCUGGGCAGCGAGGAUGCCAUGGACGCCCUCCUGCUGGGGGUCAAGUUCGACUUCAGGCAGAUUCAUGAGGCCCUGCUGGUCGCUGUGGACACCAACCAGCCCACAGUGGUGAAGCGUCUGUUGGAUCGUUUGGACCAGGAGAAGGGCAACAAAAUGGAUGUCAGAUCCUUCUCCCAGGCUAUUUUUGACCGCUCCAUUGACAACUCCCAGUUUGCCCCUGGUGUGACCCCUUUGACCCUAGCCUGUCAGAAAGACCUGUAUGACAUAGUCACCAUGCUCACCCAGAAAGGUCACGGCAUCCCGUGGCCACACAAGAUCUCCUGUACCUGUCUGGAGUGUCGCAAUGGUCGGCAGUACGACCUGCUCAAGUUCUCCUUGUCUCGCAUCAACACCUAUCGUGGCAUCGCCAGCCGAGCCUACCUGUCCAUCACCUCUGAUGAUGCCAUGCUCAGCGCUUUUAGUCUCAGCAAAGAGCUCCGCAAGCUGUCACAAAAGGAGCCCGAGUUCAAGCCUCAAUACCUGAGCCUUGAGGAGCUCUGUCAGGAGUUUGCCGUGGAGUUGUUGGGGAUGUGCCGCAACCAGAGCGAGGUUUCCACAAUCCUGAACAGCUGCGGAGACGAGAGUCGGGAUUCCUUGGACGAGCAGGCGUUUGAGGAGGGAAUACCCACUCUGUCUCGUUUGAGGCUCGCUGUCAACUACAACCAGAAGCAGUUUGUAGCGCACCCGAUCUGCCAGCAGGUUCUGUCAUCGAUUUGGUGUGGGACUCUAUCAGGCUGGAGAGGCAGCAGGACAGCCUGGAAGCUCUUGGUCUCCAUUGGGAUCUUUUUUACCAUGCCCUUUCUUUGCCUCAUUUACUGGAUAGCACCAAAGUCAAAGCCUGGACAGUUGCUUAAGAUUCCUGUUAUUAAGUUCCUCCUUCAUUCUGCAUCCUACCUGUGGUUUAUCAUCACUUUGCUCGGAGAGUCAAUAACCAUGGAGAUGUACCGGGACAAGUUUGCUUCCCGGGAGCAGAACAUCCUGCACAGCUCCUUCCACAUGGUGUGGGUGGUCGGCUUCUUCUGGUAUGAGUGUAAAGAGGUGUGGAUCGAAGGACUACGCAGUUACUUCCUAGACUGGUGGAAUUGUCUGGACGUGAUGGUGCUCAGCAUGUACUUGGCGUCCUUUUCACUGCGAGUGCUCAUCCUGCUCAAAGGCUACUUCCUGUGCCAGGAUCAGAGCAGCAAUGAGGACUGCGUCUACUUCACUCAGACUGUGCGUGAGGAGUGGCGUCAGGAGGACCCGCAGCUGCUUUCUGAGGUGCUGUUUGCUGUGACCAGCAUGCUGAGCUUCACCCGGCUUGCAUACAUCCUGCCAGCCCAUGAGUCACUGGGAACGCUGCAGAUCUCCAUAGGGAAGAUGAUUGAUGACAUGAUGAGAUUUAUGUUCAUACUGAUGAUAAUCGGGACGGCCUUCCUCUGUGGCAUCAACAACGUCUACGUUCCUUACGUCAUCUCUCCACGGCUUGGCAGAUUUAAUGAGACCUUCAAGUUCUUGUACUGGACCAUGUUUGGGGUGGCCAACCAGGACUACGUGGACAUGCCUCAGUAUGUCUUGGCGGAGUUUGUGGGAAGGAUUCUUUACGGUAUCUUCACCCUUGUCAUCGUCAUUGUCCUCCUCAACAUGCUCAUUGCUAUGAUCACCAACUCCUUUCAGAAAAUUGAGGAUGACGCAGAUGUUGAAUGGAAAUUUGCCAGGUCGAAGCUGUACCUCAGUUACUUCAGAGAGGGCCUCACUAUGCCUGUGCCUUUCAACAUCAUUCCUUCUCCCAAAGCCGUGUUUUACAUUUUAAGGGGCAUCUUCAGACGAAUCUGCUGCUGCUGUAAAUCUAAUUCAGAGCAAAAAUAUCCCCCUCUAGCCUCUAUGUCCAGCGAUAAGGGCACCGAGGACAGUCAGCUGCCUUACCGGCAGCAAGUGAUCAGAGCUCUGGUGCAGCGCUACAUCGAGUCAGCCCGCAGGGAGUUUGAGGAGACCAAAAGAAAAGACAUUGGAAAUAGGAUCACCGAGCUGAACAAAGCAGUCUCCAGGAUGCACGGUGAAAUGAAGGUGAUCCAGCAGCUGCUGGUGGCUGAAGGACACGUUUCAAGCGACGCUCUGUCCAGAGAUGGCACCUCUGUUCUGGGGAAAUACAUCAUUGGGGCCAAGAACAACUUCAGAGGUUUCAGCAGCAGACAGGACGACAAAAACACAUCCCUCAAAGUGACCGUGCACCACGGAGGGGAAAGGGCCGAUUCAGACGCACAACAGGAGACGGACAAACAACUGAGUCAGCUGGAUGAGUGUGAAGAAACGCCGACGCAGGACUGUGAGGUGGCCAAGAUGGAGGAAGGGCGAGCGAAAUCCAAGCAGGGAGACGAGAACAGGGAGCACGAGGAAGAAAAUCAAAGUGAAAAUGGUGAUGAAGAGGAGGCCGCUGGAGGGAGAAGUUUAGAGACAGUAGAAGAGAAAGCGGAGAGCACACAGGGUGAGGCAGACAAGAGUGAAGAGGAGUUUAACUCGGGGUCAAAGGUGACAGACACACACACUGAGACGACGCCCGAGCACGUGGAGGGCGCCACGGUCAGCUGUGAAACGACAGACACCAAGAAAAUAAUCAAGUUCAACGACAUGGAGCUGAAGGAGAGGGAGGUGGGAUGGACGAAGGGGAAAAGGUUUGGGAGCAAUGUGAGGGAGAGAGACGGACAGAACGGAAACAAGGAAGUGGUUCCGUCUCCGACAGGAAGCAGCAGCUCACACGACACGGGCUUCGGCUCUCAGGAGGGGGUCGGAGCCAUCGACGGGAGUGAACCCUUAAACACGGAGACUUGCUGGGUCAGGAUGUCCCAGACCUGAUGGUUUGAUUCACUUGGAAAUAUAAAAGUGCACACCAGCAAAUAAAUGUCACAGCGCACGCAGGCAAUCAGAAACACGUAGGUCCUAAAAUAUUUGAACAUAGGGUGACCUAAAAUGACCCCAGCCCCUGUUUAACAGGACAGAAAGGAGCAAGAAAAAUCAAUAAAACAACAACUAAAUCUGCACGUGUGCAGUUUGGAAAAUAAACCACUCGUUAAACUCGAGUCAGUGGUUUUUAAAGGAAUGCACGUCACCCGCCGCCUUGAACGCCGGUUUAUAA